AUGUCCACUCUCUGUGUGGUAUGCGUAGACACAUCCAGAAACAUCUGCACCUCCAGAUGCAACAUAAGUCCUAUACUGCUGGUGUUAAUAGGGACAGUGCCCUUUGUCGAAGGUAUGAAGCUGCUUGUGUUUCUUUUGUAUCAUGCAUCAGCCAUAUGUUUUUUGUUUCUUCUUGCCUGCAUGCAUGAGUCUGCACAUGGAGGCGCUCGCUUAGUCUUUGCAGCAGCAGCGGCAGCAGGAGCGUCUGUGUCCCUUGCGCCCUCCCCACCCACACCACUAAGGAUCGAUAUGCGCAGAAAGGGGCCUCCAGUGCCUCAAGUGUCCUCAGUGCUUCACCUGGCUACGCUUAAAGGCGCAAUCCCAUGA